AAAUAUGGAAGUGGCUGGAGUUCCACUCUUUUCUUUCAUAUCCUUAAUUUUAACAGUCGUGGCUGUUAUCAUCGACAUCGUGGGAUUUGCAACACCAUAUUGGUAUUAUAGGAAAAUUGCCGCUUUAAAUGAUGUAGCAUAUAAGGCAGGACUAUGGAAGAUAUGCACGCCAGAUUGUAUCAACUACGAAAACUCAAAAUCAUGGCAAGAAGCAGUACAAGCAAUGGAGGUUCUUGGUUUUAUUUGUUUACUUGCUGCGCUUGUAGUGUUGAUACUAAAGUUGUUUGUUAUGAAGGACAAACAGAUGCUGAAAUGGGUUGUCGUAGGAUCCCUAGUUGGUGCAGCCAUAUUCAUUCUGAUAGGUGUUUGUAUUUAUGGCGGAGAAGCGGAAAAAGAAUUUAAGGAAAACAUCCACUUUGCCUUUGCAUUUGUUAUUAUUGCAGCAAUCCUGGCAAUUAUUGCCGCCGUUUUAUUGUUCCUGGAUAAGACAGCAGACUAGUGUUAUAACGAGAGUCAUUUCAUUUCUAUAAAGAAUGAAUGUUCAGUUUGCUCCUAAAAGGCUUUUUUGUGUUUAUAUAAAAAUUACUAUGAACUAUAAAAACCAAUUAUAUAUGAAUUAUAUCUUU